CAUAUUUUUUAUUACAUUGAUACUUGUUCAUAACCGAUUUUAUUUAUCUUCAAUCGAAUUUUUAGUAGAUUUUUACUGUGCGUCAGUUGAGAAACCUAUAAAUGGGAACCGUCAGUAUAUAAAAUCAGAAGCUCCGGUGCAUGAUAUUUUAUAAAGCAUUUUGACUUGGACAAAUUGAUAGAGGAAAUGAAGUGGUGGCAAAUCGUUUUUGGCCUAGCCAUAAUUUUUGUGGCAAGCGCCAAAGUUCGGUUCGAUUACCAUCGGGUGUAUGAAGUGUUUAUUGAAAAUAGUGAUCAGCUUAGGGAGCUGCAAAAAAUGGAAUCUCGCCCUGAUGGUUACAUAUUUUGGGAGUCUCCCGUUCAAACGAACAUGAAAGUUCGAAUUGUAGUACCACCGCAUAGAGCAAAAUCUUUUGAAAGGAAAGUUUUGAGAUUGAAUCUGGAAAAUACAAUAGUGAUCGAUAAUGUACAAGAAGUUAUCGACAACGAGCGACCAUCACGAAGGAAACGGGAAGGCUUUGGCUGGGAAGAUUAUUACACCUUGGAUGAAAUGUACGCAUGGUUUGAUGAACUGGUGUCGGAAUAUGGUUCUGUUCUCAAAAUUGAACAGUAUGGAGAAUCAUAUGAAGAACGAGAUAUGAAAGCCCUCGUGCUCUCAAAACAACCUAACAAUCCGGGUAUUUUCUUAGAGUCGCAUAUCCAUGCUCGUGAAUGGAUUACCUCGGCAACUACCACAUGGAUUUUGAAUGAGCUAUUAACAUCAAAUGAUCCUGAAGUGCAGUAUUUGGCAGAAAAUUUUGAUUGGUAUAUCUUGCCUGUGGUUAAUCCUGACGGCUUGCACUACACAAAGCAUGACAACCGUAUGUGGAGAAAGAAUAGAAAUCCGUACAGCAUAUUGUGUUACGGAGUGGAUUUGAACCGCAAUUUUCCUGGACAUUGGAUGGAGGGCGGUGCAUCGAACAAUCCUUGCUCGGAUGUUUUCGCUGGUCCAGAAGCUGGCUCAGAAAUUGAGACGAAAAAUGUUAUGAACUACUUUUUAAAGUAUAAGGCUAAUAUCGAUUUAUAUUUGUCAUUCCAUUCAUAUGGGCAGUACAUGCUGCUCCCUUACGGGUUUGAAAAUGCAGAAAAGGCUGACAAUUACUACGACUGGAUGGAUAUAACAGAAGCUGCAGCAAUCACUCUUUCGCAACGUAACAAUACUUUUUACACAAUUGGAACCACUGCAGAUGUAUUAUAUGUUGCUUCUGGAUUGUCUAUUGAUUGGGCUCAUUCGGAGCAUAAUGUUCCGAUUGCUGUAACUUACGAGUUUCGAGAUCAAGGUGAAAACGGAUUCAUAUUGCCAGCCGAUCAAAUAAUACCGAAUGCUGAGGAGGUGUUGGACUCGUUGAUUGUUUUCAUGCAAAAAGGUGAAGAAUUAUUACCAAUGAAUGUUUUUGUCCAAUUCGAAUUUGAAAUCAAUGUUAGGAAGAUGUUCAAAAUUUUUUUGCUUCAUGGGAAACGAAUUUGAACGAACAGAGUAAAAUCAAAUUUUGACCUAUCUAAUCUUCGUUACGAUGGCUAUAAAAUAAUAUUAGGUAACAAACAGUAGUAAUAUUCAUGUAAAAUCUGAUUAAAUCGUAUCAUAAAACUGCAUGAGAAAUCGUGACUAUGAUAUUGAUGAUUCUGUUUAAGGUAAAGAUGCACAAGCUUCAACAAUUAACUCUUUUUGUCGCGAAUACGAUUUAUUUUACUAUGGGACGCCUUUUCAAAAUUUACCCUCUGAGAGAGUGAUAAGUUUUUGAUCUAACGUAUCAACUUAAUUUUUGCUACAUGUCAUCGGAAAUAUGAUCAUCAAUUCAUGGUAACAUUUUCAGUCCUAUUACA